AUUUACACCCCAUCAUUCUUCCCUUCUUCUUCCCUUUACAACAAGAAACUACAAAACCCCCACAACUGCCGUCAUGGCAGACUCGGACCGACCAAGGUCGCGUUCGCGAUCACCAUCGCGCAAACCAAAAAUCAACACAGGGGGAUUCAAAUGGAAGCAAAAGUCCAGCACCAGUUAUGACGACAACCAAGACCGCGCCGGUCUGCAGCGCGGCUACAGGGACCGCUCACCCAGGAGGAAUCGUGAUCGGGAUGAUGAUCGCAACAGAGACAGAGACUUUGGUCGAGACCACGACCGCUCACCACGCAGGAGAGAUGACCGCGACCGUGAUAGGGACCAAAGAGGAGGAGGAGGAGGAGGAGGAGGAGGAGAUCGCUACAGGGACAGAGACAGGAGAGACCGAUCCCGCGACCGCCGCGACCGCUCACCAAGGAGAAGAGACGACGGCGACAGAUACCGUGACCGUGACCGUGAUCGUUCACCCCGCCGCAACAACAACAGCUCACCUCGCCGCGACCGAGACCGAUCCCCUCGUCGUGACCGCCCUGACCGGCCCAAGAAAGAAAAGCCAGCAGCAGCAGCUCCUGCCCCAACAUCAGGUGGCGGUGGAGAAGAAAUGAUUAUAGUAACAGUCAACGACCGACUCGGUACCAAGGCGCAAAUCCCCGCUUUCCCCUCGGACACGAUCAAGCAGUUCAAGGUCAUGGUGGCGAUGCGGGUCGGUCGCGAGCCGCAUGAGAUCCUGCUGAAGAGGCAGGGCGAGAGACCGUUUAAGGAUCAGCUGAGCUUGGCGGACUAUGGAGUUAGUAACGGGGUGCAGAUUGAUUUGGAGGUUGAUACUGGUGAUUAAGGGAACCCUAAUGGGGGAAUGACAUGUCGCGUCGUGGAUACCCAGGUUGGCAAGCCAGCACACCAUUUGUCGUGGUUAGAGUUAUAUGGCGAAAACGUUGGAAUUAUUGUAUGGACUUUGCGUGGAAAUGAUACGAGACAGGACUU